AUGGCAAGUUUUAGUAGGAAUGUUGUUAACCAGGACAAUUCAAGUGACUCAGCUUCAGACAAUAUUGUCGAUCGAUCAUGCGAGCCUUGUAUGAAAAACAGCUUGACAAACAAGGCCACUCUGUUCUGCUUGACAAACAAGGCCACUCUGAUCUGCAAGGUUUGUAACGUUCUGCUGUGUGACCAGUGCAGACAUCCACACACCAUUCAUAUAGUUGGGAAGCAUGAAAUAGUCCGUAUUAAGGGCAUGGAUUCAGUCCCGGUGGUAGUGGACAUGAUAGGCAUGAACACCUGUCAGUCGCAUGGCAAGAAGAUCAAGUAUUACUGCAAUGACCAUUCCAAGCUCUGCUGCACUACUUGUGCGAUCUCACAUGGCAAAUGUGAUCAAUUAGAUGAAAUAGCCAGUGUGUCUGAACGAAAAGUGCCAGACCCGAGUUUCUUAAAACAGAUCUUACUACAAUCAGAAGCGGAUGCAGACUCUUUAAUAGUGGACUGUGAGCAGUCAAAGGCGGAUUUUAAUCAGUCCAUUGUAGACAUUUCUACAGAAUUGCAUGAAAUGAGAGACCGUGUCAUGAAACUGUUUGGCAUGGCUGAGAAGAGCAUUAUGAGUGAAGCGAAUGCAAUAAAGUGUGUGUAG